CAGUUGGCAAACCUAUAGAGAGGAGUGUAUUUAUAUUUAAGAUAUUUUGUAAACUCUGGUUCAAGAUGAAUAUACUUGGUCUGAUUGAAGUGUCCAACACAUUGUUGUUUGUCGUCUGUAUUAUAGUGGCACUAUACAUCUACCUAACAUGGACUCACAGUAUCUGGUCUUCCCAAGGAAUAAAGGGACCUACCCCUUAUCCAGUAAUAGGGACAUUAUUACAAAACCUAAAAAUGGGGCUUCCUAUGGGAGAUAAAGCAAUUUAUGACAAGUUUGCAGAUGAAAAAGUUGUUGGAUUGUAUGAUGGUAGGAAACCAAACCUGAUGGUAAAAGAUGCAGAACUAUUGAAGAAGGUUCUUGUAAAGGAUUUCCAAUAUUUCAUCAAUAGAAGGGAUAUGGGUGGUCUUGAAUUAGGAAAAGAAUUCAAGAGGAUGCUUACAGGUCUUAAGAAUGAUGAAUGGAAAACUGCUAGGAGCAUUAUUAGUCCAACAUUUAGCAGUGGCAAAAUUAAACGAAUGGUGGCACAAAUCAAUGCAAGUAACAAUGGUUUGCUAAAAGUAUUGGAGGAAAAAGCGGCUGCUGAUGAGAUGUUUGAAAUAAAACAGAACCUAGCUGACUGUACCAUGAAUAUGAUUGCAUCUGUCGCCUUUGGAAUCAAGAUGGAUGGAGACAGUGAAUCUGAUAAGGAACUCAGGGAACAAUUUGCAACGAUUUCUGGCAGAUUCAGCAAUAUACCUAAAAGAAGGAUCUUUGUAAUAAUAGUGGCAUCCAUACUGCCAGUUUUUAAUCCUAUCAUAAACUAUUUUAAAUUGGCUCACAUGGAGGAUGGCACUGUUGAAUUCUAUAAAGAAAUCCUUGAACAGGCCAUGGCAAACAGACAGAGUGACACAAGCAAACAUACAGACUUCUUACAGUUGAUGAUAAAGGCACAGUCUGAGGUUGAUGAUGCUAAAAGUUUCACAAAUGAUGACAUCCUUGGAAACUCGAUGUUAUUUUUCCUGGCUGGUUAUGAGACAGUGUCUACUACUUUGAUGUGGGUGAUAUAUAACAUGUCAAUUCAUCAGGAGGAACAAGAAAAGGUUUAUGAAGAGGUCAUGGAGGCAGUAGGUAAUGAGGAUGAGUUAACGUAUGACAUGUUGUCCCAAAUGACCUACUUAGAGAUGUUCAUAGAGGAGUCAAUGAGGAUCUUUCCACCAGCUUCCAUAUUAGAAAGGGCAGUAAAUGAAGAUGUGACAAUAGAUGGUAUUAAUUUCCCCAAGAAUGCAACAGUCACAGUUCCAGUUAUUGCACUACACCAUGACCCUAAGAUCUGGCCAGAACCAAAAAAGUUUAUUCCUGAAAGAUUCACAGCAGAGGAAAAGGCAAAGCGCAACCCAUAUUACUACCAGCCAUUUGGACUUGGACCUAGGAAUUGUGUUGCCAUGAGACUGGCUCAGACUGAGGUUAAAUUGUGCAUAGCAAAGAUGGUUAAAAGUUUCAAGAUCCUCCCAUGUGAAAAAACUGAGGAUCCAAUUGAGAUAGUGAAGAGUGGGGCAAUGCAUCCUAAGAAUGGAAUGUUUAUCAAAGUCGCUAAACGGUAAAGACAGUAAUGACGAAGCUAUGCAUAGGGACAUUAUAACAUUCUUCUUAUC